UGCCACCAAAUCUGACAGGGUUUGUUUAAACAAGAAUUGUGCAACCUUCCAGGCUGUUGAAACUAAACAAAAGCUUGCAAAGGGGGAAAUACUGAAGAUAUUUAAAGGAGGUGUUCCUGGGUGAGUCCAUUGGACUAAAACAACCUCAAACAUGAAGCUGUCUGUGAUAAGCCACUUGUUGGCUUAUUACUUGUUCCAAGUCUCUGCAGUAACCAGAGAAUACUACAUUGGAAUUAAUGAAAUUGAUUGGAAUUACGCUCCAGGAACAAAGAACAUCCUAACUGGGAAGCCCUUUUCAGAAGAUGAGGAAGCUAGUGUCUUUCUGCAGCAAGGCCCAGAUCGUAUAGGAAGCACAUAUAAAAAAGCUGUGUAUGUGCAGUAUACAGAUAACUCGUAUAGUCAUGUUGUGGAAAAACCACCAUCGCUGGGCUUCCUGGGCCCAACUAUCAAAGCAGAAGUUGGGGACUCUUUUGUCAUUCACUUAAAAAAUUUUGCUAAAAGGGCCUACACUCUACAUCCCCAUGGUGUCAGAUACACAAAAGAAAACGAAGGAGCUUUAUAUCCUGAUAAUACCAACCAUUCACAAAAGAAAGAUGAUGCUGUGCAGCCAGGAGAACAGUAUGUUUAUAAGUGGGAUGUUACUGAAGAUCAUGGUCCAGCAGAAGGAGACAAUAACUGCUUGACAAGGAUCUAUCACUCUCAUAUAGAUGCCCCAAAGGAUGUCGCCUCUGGACUUAUUGGAGCUUUAAUUACUUGCAGAAAAGGCACCCUGAAGAAUGGAAAAGAUAAAGAUGUUGACCGUGAGUUUGUCUUGCUGUUCUCUGUGAUGGAUGAAAACUUCAGUUGGUACUUAGAUGAAAAUAUUAAGAAAUACUGUUCUGAACCUGACAAAGUUGACAAAGAAAAUGAGGAUUUCCAAGAAAGCAACAAAAUGCACUCAAUCAACGGAUAUAUGUAUGGGUAUCUUCCCAAUGUCACAAUGUGUGCAGAAGAGAAAGUGAAAUGGCAUCUUUUUGGUAUUGGCAAUGAAGCUGAUAUCCACUCCGUUUAUUUUCAUGGGCAAAUAUUGACAGAAAGGAAGCAUCGUAUCAACACAAUCAGCCUAUUCCCAGCUACUUUUGUGGAUGCUCUUAUGGUGCCCAAGAAUGAUGAUGAAUGGUUGCUUAGCUGCCAAGUCAAUGAUCAUAUAGAAGGUGGCAUGCAGGCCAUUUUUAAGGUGAAAAACUGUGGGCAUCCUUCUCCAUCUGUUAACAACCAACACCACACUACCCUUAUUACCACAAGAUUCUAUUAUAUUGCAGCAGAAGAAGAGGAAUGGAACUAUGGCCCAUCUGGCACAAAUGAGUUCACAAAAGAACCCUUAGAUCUAGAUGAGGAUUCCAAGACAUUUUUUGAAAAAGGCAAAAAUAGAAUUGGUGGAACUUAUAAAAAAGCUCGUUUUUUUCAGUAUACCAGCAACGAAUUUACUAGACGCUCUUUCAGGUCUCAUAGUGAAAAGCAUCUUGGACUCUUGGGACCGGUCAUCAGAGCAGAAGUUGGUGACCAUAUUCAAGUAGUCUUCUUCAACAAUGCAAGCCACCCCUUCAGCAUUCAACCACAUGGCCUGAGUUACACCAAAAGCAAUGAAGGCUCUUUCUACCACACUCUGUCUGGAGGUACUCCAAGUCCAGGCUCACAUGUGAAACCUGGAGAAAAAUUCAUCUAUGAAUGGGAAGUUCCAGAAACUGUGGGCCCUACAGCAGACGAUCCAGAUUGUCUAACUAUGCUGUAUUAUUCAGCCUCAGAUCCAAUCAGGGAUACCAAUUCUGGCCUGGUGGGUCCACUCUUGGUCUGCAGAAAAGGCAUAAUGCCUGCUCCAUGGAAACCGGAUAACGUAGACAAGGAAUUUUUCCUUCUUGCAACAGUAUUUGAUGAAAAUCAGAGCUGGUAUUUAGAUGACAAUAUUAAUAAAUUUAUAGAACAACCUGAAGAGGUUGAUAAAGAGGAUGAGGAUUUUCAAGAGUCCAAUAAGAUGCAUUCUAUAAAUGGAUAUAUGUAUGGAAAUCAGAAAGGCCUUGAGAUGUGUCUUGGAGAGAUAGUUUCCUGGCAUUUGAUCAGCUUAGGAACUGAGGUUGACAUUCAUGGAAUAUAUUUUUCAGGAAAUACUUUUGUGACUAAAGGGACUAGGAAGGAUACAGCUAAUCUUUUCCCGCAUACUUCUGCCACAGCUGUUAUGAAGCCUGACUCACAAGGUCUUUUUGAAGUGGCCUGUCUCACAACAGAUCACUACACAGGCGGUAUGAGACAAACAUAUGAAGUAAAGAGGUGUGGUUCAUCAGCAAAAGAUGAGCAAUACACUCAUCAGAAAACCUUCUACAUUGCAGCCAUAGAAGUUGAAUGGGAUUAUUCCCCUAACAGGACAUGGGAACAAGAGAGGCAUCAGUUUCAUGAUGAAAGUCCAGGAAAUCCAUUCUUAAACAAGGAAGAUAAAUUCAUUGGGUCAAAAUACAAAAAAGUGGUUUAUCGUGAAUAUAUAGACCAAACAUUCAAAAUCCCUAAAGAACGGAAUGAAGAGGAAGAACAUUUGGGAAUCCUAGGGCCUCUGAUUUUUGCACAGGUUGGAGAUAUAAUUAGAAUUGUUUUCAAGAACAUGGCCUCUAGGAGUUAUUCUAUCCAUGCACAAGGAGUAAAAACUGAGUAUCCACUUGUAACAGAAACAAAUCCAGGUGCAACCGAGGAGUAUAUCUGGAAAAUCCCAGCAAGAUCUGGUCCUGAAGAAAGAGAUUCUACCUGUAUUCCCUGGGCAUAUUAUUCCACUGUAGAUAGAGUUAAGGACCUCAAUAGUGGAUUAAUAGGAACACUUGUUGUCUGUCGCAAGGAAGUUUUUCCUCUAAUUCCACACCCCAAAUUUCUGCAGUUUGCUCUUCUUUUUCUGGUGUUUGAUGAAAAUGAAUCAUGGUACUUAGAUGAGAAUAUCAAGUUGUAUUCCAACAAUCCGGGAGAUGUAAACAAGGAAGAUGAGGAAUUCAUUGAAAGCAAUAAAAUGCAUGCCAUUAACGGAAAAGUGUUUGGAAACUUGCAUGGUCUUACAAUGCACGUUGGAGACAAAGUAAACUGGUACUUGCUAGGAAUGGGGAAUGAAGUUGAUAUGCACACAGCACAUUUCCAUGGCCAUAGCUUCGAUUACAAGUACAAUAGAACUUUCCGAGGAGAUGUCUAUGAUCUGUUCCCUGGGACAUUUCAAACUGUUGAGAUGUGGCCAAAAUAUCCUGGGACAUGGCUACUGCACUGUCAUGUGACUGACCACAUCCACGCUGGCAUGGAAACUACUUACUCUGUGCUCCCAAAUUAAAGCAGUGACACCAGACAAAUGAAAUUAUGAACUUCAGCUGAAUUCCUAAAUUGGAAAAAUGGUUCCACUGUGAUGAGCAUCAUGACUCCAAAUAUUGACAGAUUUUUUAAAAAAUCCCUACUGAUAAUUAAAUAAAUCUAGAGGAAUGUU